CCGGCAGCCUGCGGCAGGCGCUGCUUCCCGAAUGUCCGGCCACCGCGACGCGGCCGCUCCGGCGGAAGAAGACAGCCCAAAGAUGAGAGUGAUUCGCGUGGGCACCCGCAAGAGCCAGCUGGCUCGCAUACAGACGGAGAGUGUGGUGGCAAUGCUGAAAGCCCUAAACCCAGGCCUGCAGUUUGAAAUCAUUGCUAUGACUACCACAGGGGACAAGAUCCUUGACACUGCACUCUCUAAGAUUGGGGAGAAGAGCCUGUUUACCAAGGAGCUGGAACAUGCAUUGAAGAUGAAUGUAGUGGACCUGGUUGUUCAUUCCCUGAAGGACCUGCCCACUGUGCUUCCUCCGGGCCUCACCAUUGGAGCCAUUUGCAAACGAGAGAACCCCUGUGAUGCUGUUGUCUUUCACUCAAAGUUUGUUGGGAAGACCCUAGAAACCUUGCCAGAGAGGAGCGUGGUGGGAACCAGCUCCCUGCGGAGAGCGGCCCAGCUGCAGAGAAAGUACCCGCAUCUGGAGUUCAAGAGCAUUCGGGGAAACCUCAACACCCGGCUCCAGAAGCUGGACGAGCAGCAGUUCAGUGCGAUCAUCCUGGCGGCAGCUGGCCUGCAGCGCAUGGGCUGGCAACACCGCGUGGGGCAGAUCCUGCACCCUGACGAAUGCAUGUAUGCUGUGGGUCAGGGGGCCCUGGGCGUGGAAGUCCGAGCCAAGGACCAGGGCAUCUUGGAUCUGGUGGGCGCGUUGCAUGAUCCCGAGACUCUACUUUGCUGCAUGGCGGAGCGGGCCUUCCUGAGGCACCUGGAAGGAGGCUGCAGUGUACCAGUGGCAGUGCACACAGCUAUUAAGGAUGGACAACUGUACCUGACUGGAGGCGUCUGGAGUCUGGAUGGCGCAGACAGCAUGCAAGAGACCAUGCAGGCCACCAUCCACGGCCCUGCCCAGCACGAAGAGGGCCCCGAAGAUGACCCUCAGCUAGUGGGCAUCACUGCCCGCAACAUUCCUCGAGUAGCCCAACUGGCUGCGGAGAACCUAGGCAUCAGCCUGGCCAACUUGUUGCUGCACAAAGGAGCCAAGAACAUCUUGGACAUUGCACGGCAGCUUAAUGAUGCCCACUGACUGGUCUGUGGGGCACAGGUGCCUGCGCCCCAGCCCUCCGUGCCCCAUUCCCGUUGCUAACUGAGGAGUGGCCACCCCGGGGACGGAGCUGCAGGGUCGGCCUUGCCCGCUCAGCAGGCGGGGGCUUCACCCCCGGAGGCCCAGCCCUCGAGUGUAAACAAUACUAAUAAACCAGCUCCGAAGGU